ACCAUUUCAUAUAGCUAGUGUGUGAAGUGUGUGUUUCAGAGCAGCAAAAGUAGGUGGAAGUGCGUGUUGUCUGUGUGAGAGAGACAGAGAUGGACAAGAAUCGUCAUGAGACAGAAAUCAUGGAGAUGGAGAUGGAAAAAACAGCAUCUGCAGCAAACGAUGAUGAUGAUCAGAUCAACUACAGAGGGCUCAAGGUCAUGCCUUUCAUCAUUGGAAAUGAGACGUUUGAGAAGCUUGGAGCCAUCGGCACUUUGUCCAACCUGCAGGUGUACCUGACCACAGUUUUCAACAUGAAACGCAUUUCCGCAACAACGCUUCUUAAUGUCUUCAAUGGCACCACCAACAUUGCAACUUUGGUUGGAGCUUACAUCUCGGACACCCACUGUGGCCGUUACAACACUCUCGGAUUCGCCUCAAUCGCUUCCUUUAUUUGGCUUGCUGGUGGUGAAUCUAACAGCAGUAUUCAAGAACUUGCAUCCACCCCACUGCGAGCUUGGCGACAACCGAUGCAUCGGGCCAGAUGCCGGCCAAAUGGCCUUCUUACUCUUGGGCUUCGGCCUAAUGGUAGUCGGGGCCGGUGGCAUAAGGCCAUGCAACUUGGCUUUUGGGGCUGAUCAGUUCAAUCCCAACACAGAGUCCGGGAAGCGUGGGAUCAACAGCUUCUUCAACUGGUACUAUUUCACUGUCACGUUCGCUGAGAUCGUGUCGUUGACGCUGAUCGUCUAUGUGCAGUCGAAUGUGAGCUGGUCAAUAGGGUUAGCCCUUCCGACAAUCUUCAUGUUCCUCUCAUGUCUCUUGUACUUUGUCGGGACAAGAUUGUACGUAAAAGUAAAGCCAGAGGGGAGUCCGAUAACUAGUCUGGUCCAGGUUGCGACGGUUGCUUUCAAGAAGAGGAAGUUGGAGUUGCCUGAGCAGCCAUGGAUCAAUCUCUUCAAUCAUACUCCACCUAACUCCAUCAACUCUAAGCUGCCUUACACUGACCAAUUCAGCUUUCUUGACAAAGCAGCAAUCAUAACUCCAGAAGACGAGAUCAAAGCAGAUGGAUAUGCAGCUAACCCCUGGAAUCUCUGCAGCAUGCAGCAAGUGGAAGAAGCAAAGUGUGUAAUCCGAGUCAUUCCAGUUUCACUCACAGCCAUUCUCUACCACAUUGGAGCACAACAACAGUACGUAGUUUUCCAGGCACUUCAGUCUGACAGGCGUCUCGGGAACACCGGAUUCCAGAUUCCGGCCGCCUCCUACGUCAUCUUUGCCAUGCUCAGCCUCACCCUCUGGGUGCCGGUAUACGACAGGCUCGUCGUCCCAUUCAUGAGAAGAAUCAAGAAAGGUGAGGGCAUCACAGUUUUGCAAAGGAUCGGGAUAGGCCUGUUCAUAACGAUCGUAGAGUCGCUCGUUGGGGCGUUUGUGGAAGAACGGAGAAGAAUGUCUGCCCUCAGACGGGGCAGCGCAGUUUCUCCCAUGUCAGCAAUGUGGCUGGUUCCUCAGCUGGCGCUCGGAGGCCUGGCGGAGGCGUUCAACGCCAUUGGCCAAAUCGAGUUUUACUAUAAGCAGUUCCCGGAGAACAUGAGGAGCAUUGCCGGGGCGUUUUUCUUCUGUGGCAGUGCUGUUUCGAAUUACGCGUACAGUUUCUUGAUCUCAGUGGUGCAUCGGAUGACGGAGGGUAGCUCAACAGGGGACUGGCUGCCGGAGGAUCUAAACAAAGGGAGGUUGGAUAACUUCUAUUACCUGGUUGCAGCACUGUGUGCCUUAAAUUUUGGGUAUUUCCUUCUGUGUGCUAGUUGGUAUAGGUACAAAGGAACUGGAGAGACCAGCACUGGAAUGGAAAUGGAGGCGAAGAAACUCGACGAACACACUGCUUGACUAGGCAUGUCAAUGAAUAGGGCCUUAUGGUAGUUUCAGACAAUCAACAAACAUGAAGGAAGUUGUCUUCCAACAGAAGCAAGAUUAGUGGGAGUUCAUUAGAUGUCUGAAGGCAAGAAUUUGUUAUUUCAAGUGGUUUUACUUUAACAAUCAAGAAACAGGAGAGAGGAGGCACGUAACUAGUUUUAGAUUUAUGAAGAGAGAAGUGUAUUUGUAUUGAUCUUUGGUAAUGCCGUACUCAAUCUUUGUUGUUAGCUGAAGAACAUUUUGGAGUUUUGGUAAUGGCUGAUACAUUUCCCUGAAAAAGCAUAAGCUAUAUAGGCUGAAAAACGAUUUAAAGUAGUCGAUACUUGUAGAAGAACGGCGCAUACGAUGACCGUUUAACAGCUUUGUAAAUAUUUAUGUAGAAGUUGCACACUUUAACUAGUUUUACGUUUUGUCUUGUUGGCAAAUAGUUGAAUUAGUUAGAAGGCGUUUAUGUUUUAGGUGAGCUAUAAACUCGUCCUCUGUACAUUUUUACUCACUUGAU